UACAUAAUACAAAACAUGUUUAUUGCUUAAGCUAUAGCGCCUGCCGACUUCAUCAUUUGCGCGGCCUGCGCGGCUCAGACGCAGCUCAGCUCAAGCCAAUGGAACAUUUUUCAAACCACUUUUGUACGAGAAAGUCCAAUGUCUGUUAGCCAGCGCGUGAAAGCAGCGUUAAUAUUUAUGUUUUAACAAAAUUUGAAUGUACACGCGUAUAUUUCGAAAUACCUACAUAUCUGUGAAAGCGGGAAUUAAAAAAAAUGAAGUACGGAUACUAAACGGAAAAAUAUUGAUUUAAGUAAGGAAUAUCUGAACUGUUAUCGCAAAAGAUGAAUCACUCGAAAACCGGCCGUUGACAGCUUCUACAACAACAAUAUAUGUAUAUGUACAUAAAAGUAUAAGUGACAACAAUACAAUCGAAUCACCCAAGUUCUGGGCAAGAUGAUACUCAUCUCAACGCUAAUCGGCAAUUGGGAAAAGCUAACAGUCAGCAGUCAUGCCAAUUUGGCGGUGCUGAUGUUUCUCUUUAUGGUUUGCGCUUUUGAGGUGGUUUUGUUGAAGCUAACCACUAUCGGUUCCAGCACAGCGAACGGCUUUGGACGCAGCAACACAGAGGAUGAUGACUCGAGUGAAUACGAGGAGGAUAUUUACUAUGAAGACUUGCGUAACAAUUACGAACGCUGGGCGCGAAGACAAAUGCGCUACCGGCAUCGAGUGCAGCGGCAGGAACAGGAAAUGCUGCGCCGAUUUCGUGAGCAAGAGCAGCAGCGACAGCGAAAUCAAGGGGGCAUUUGUUAAAUAUGCGCUAAAUAUUUGCGGAGGAGGCAAUCAAAUUCGAGUACAUAAUGCCGCCCCAGGGCAAGAGCGAAACGAUGAAGUAGGUCUGUAGGUGUCGGCGAAGAAUGUGCAAAAAUGUGACUGAGAAACUAUUAUACAUAUACAUACGUACAUACACACAUACAUAUGUAUGUAUGCAUACACUAUAAGAAAACUAUUUGCUAAAAUAAAGUUAUAAAUCCAUAGUAUGUACGAAUA